ACAGAGCGGAGUCAAGAGUGUCAGUCGAGUUUAGCCUGUCAGUUUCUAAAGAAAAGUCAGUGUACUAAAAACGAAAACAAACAAGAGAGAGAAGAAAGGACAGUAUUGUGCAACUCAACUCUUCACAAAGAAAGGCCAACAGAUGCAGCUUGAAAGCCCUGCACCCCUGUUACCCCCCACCAAUGAACCAGCCCAGCUCUUAACUGAAGGAGGUUGGUGUCUGACUGGCGAUGACUCAAUGAAAUAUAGCAACAAGCUGAGACUGCAAGACCCUCCCUGUAGUUUUCCUCUUGCUGUUUCCCAGCAGCUGCAACUGGAAGCGUAUAGAGAGAAAAGAGGAGAGGAGCAGCUGCUGGAUCAAUGGAGAAGAAACAGGGAUCUUCUCUUCAGUACGGUUCACUGGAGCGCACUGAAUGGAGCAGAGGCACCAACAAACCAGAGGACGACGUGGUGUCUAUGGCUGACUCCACCAUCACCGUGGAUGACAUCGAGGGCGAGCUUUUUAAGAUUGAGAGGAUCAGGGAUGUCCUGGUCAGGAGGGAGUCAGAGCUCAGAUACAUGAUGGAUGACAUUCAGCUGUGCAAGGAGAUCACUCGUCUGAAGAAGGAGCUGCAGAAAUUAGUGUCUAUACCAGAUAAUGACAAGUCCAGUGAGGACCGGCAGAGGGAGGAAGAACUACUGCAGCAAAUCCACAAGCUGGUAGAGACCAGAGAUUUCCUGGUGGACGAUGUGGAGUUUGAACGACUCAGGGAGAAAGAAGAAGAUAAAGAAAUGGCAGAUUUUCUGAAGUCCAAAUUCCCAAGAAAUAUGAAUAAGAAAGGUGUCGCAACCAGACGGGUGCCACCCAGGGCUCAACAGACCUCUUCUCCCUUCGCCAAGACAGGCCUCACACUGCUGAAGGAGUGCUGUGGCUUCACAUGCUCCAUCAUGUAGUCUCCAAUCAAAAACAAAGGGCCCCACUGCAGGGCUGACACAGGGGGCCACAAACCAAAAUUGGCCACUCAAUAAGAGUCAAUAUUUCCAGUUUCAGCUUUUCAGUCCCAGAGAGACUUUGAAGCAUGGAUGGAGCAGUACAGAUGCAAGUAGAGAAUUUCCCAGCUGGAGAGCAAAAGGAUGUUGCAAAGAUCACAUGGUGGGGUUUUUCAUGCCAAGAUCCGAGUUUGUCUUGAAACAUGUUUGUGUCCUUAGUUGGAGUUUAUAUCUGGUUUUCUUUUUGUCUUGUCUCUGCUCUCCACAUCUCUCAUUCCACUUUUUUAAAAAAAUUUUUUUACUCGUUAAUCAUCACUGCUCAGCCAAUUUCUGCCGAUUAACAGCUUCCAGAAGGAACAGCCCAACAUAUGGUAUUUAUUUCUCUUUUCAGGCCGAGAGGACAGGGUUUGAUGAACAGAAACAGCAUAGCAUGAGUCAGGCAUGUAUUGUGCAGAUACUAAUUGGACUCAACUACCAUAACACACCUACGAGUUUUAUAUUUAACAACUUCACUGAGCUAUAUUAACUGUCAUCUCCUCAUUAAAAAAGGAAGUGUUUUAUAUAAGUCAGCAGGUCAGCCUAGACACACUGCUGGCGCUUUAUAAUCAACAUUAAGGAGAUAACACUAAUGAAACUGACAUUAAUCAGGAGCUGCUAGGAUGAAGUUGCCUGCGAUUUAACUCCUGAUCCAAAUGGGUACAACCUUUUGAUAAGCGGAGAUUUGUGAAGACAGAAUGGAUGUGUCAUUAUUAUAUUCAGAGUGUAAAUGUAGCAGCAAACCAGUGGUGGAUAAAGUACCUGAAA